UCUCUUCCUUUUUUUAUUCUUUAUGAUGCUUCGAUUUCAAUCAAGAUUGCCCAAGGUGGCAAUUGCUUCCAGCACACUUCUCCACCACCAUGCUAUCCGAUCCCUUCAUUCUUCCAAAGUGAUUUUUGAUCGUAAACCUUUGUUUGAAAAGAUCCUUAUUGCCAACAGAGGUGAAAUUGCUCUUCGUGUUAUGCGUACAGCAAAGGAACUCGGUAUCAAGACAGUAGCUGUCUAUAGUGAACCUGAUAUUUAUGCUCAACACGUUAAGAUGGCCGAUGAGGCAUUUUUGAUUGGCCCUGCUGCUUCUGCUGAAAGUUAUCUUUGUAUUGAUAAAAUUAUGAAAGUGGCUAAAAUGACAGGUGCCCAAGCCAUUCAUCCUGGUUACGGUUUCUUGUCUGAAAACGCAGAAUUCGCUGAUACUGUCAAUGGCUCUAACAUUGCCUUCAUUGGUCCUUCAGGCAACGCGAUGCGUUCAAUGGGUUCUAAAAGCGAAUCCAAAUUUAUAAUGCAGAAAGCAGGUGUGCCUGUGGUACCUGGUUACCAUGGUGAAAACCAAGAUGUCGGAUUCUUGAAGGAACAAGCCGAGAAAAUUGGUUAUCCUGUGUUGAUCAAAGCUGUCAAAGGUGGUGGCGGCAAAGGUAUGCGUAUUGUCAGAUCACCUUCUGAGUUUGAAGAAAUGUUGGAAUCCUCUAAGCGUGAGUCUAUCAAGUCGUUUGGUGAUGAUAAAGUCUUGGUUGAGAAAUAUCUCGAACAUCCUCGUCAUGUUGAAGUUCAGGUCUUUGCUGAUAAGCAUGAUAACUUUGUUCACCUUUUUGAACGUGAUUGUUCUGUUCAAAGACGUCAUCAAAAGGUGAUUGAAGAAGCUCCUGCACCUGGAUUAUCGGAUGCUUUGCGUGCUGAAUUGGGUACUAAAGCUGUUGCUGCUGCUCGUGCUGUGGGUUAUGAAAAUGCUGGUACUGUUGAGUUUAUUAUGGACAAUGUCGACAAGCAAUUCUAUUUCAUGGAAAUGAAUACUCGUUUGCAAGUAGAACAUCCUGUGACUGAAAUGGUCACCAAUACAGAUUUGGUUCGAUGGCAACUUGAAGUAGCUGCCGGUAAUCGUCUUCCCAAGACACAAGAAGAACUCAAGUUAAUUGGUCAUGCUUUUGAAGCUCGUGUCUAUGCUGAAAAUCCAUCCAACCACUUCCUUCCUGAUACUGGACCACUUUUCAGUGUUCGUACGCCUAGCCCCAGUAAGGAUAUUCGUCUAGAAACUGGUUUUAUUCAAGGCGAUAAUAUCAGCGUUCAUUAUGAUCCUAUGAUUGCUAAGCUUGUUGUCCAUGGUGAAAACCGUAAUGACGCUCUUCGUCGUUUCCGUCGUGCUUUAGAGCAAUAUCAAAUUGUUGGUUUAAAUACCAACAUCAGCUUUAUCAAAACAGUAACUGAACAUCCUGAAUUUAUCAAAGGCGAAGUUGAAACUGGCUUUAUUCAACAAUAUGAAAAGGACCUCUUUAAACAACGCGAGUCUCCUGACCCAACUACGUUGGCAUUAGCUGCUAGUGCUCUUCGAUUGAGAGAAAUUGAAGAUGUUAAAAAGAGUGCUUUAGAUCUCUAUAGUCCUUGGGCAUCAAACACAAACAGUUUCCGUAUCAAUAAUAUCAACCACAAGAAGUAUGAAAUCAUUUCAAAUGACCACCCCUAUCAAGUGAUUGUUUCUGCCAAUCCUAGCCAGCCUCAUUUAGUGGAUAUGGAGGUCAUUGACGCCGCUUCAAACACGCAUAUCAAGACAUUUGAGGCUGUUGAGACGCAUAAAGAAGACGGACUUGUGAUCUCUUCGAUUGAUAACAAGCAGAUCAAGAGUAACGUUGUCUUGAAUGAACAAGAUGUUGUUGUGUUUGAUGAGUUUGGUCGUACUACCUUUAAUUUACCAAUACCAAACUACAUGAAGGGUGGCAUAGAAGCACACGGCGCAGGAUCUGUCAAGACACCUAUGCCUUGUAAGAUUUCUCAAGUGUUGGUUCAACCUGGCCAAGCAAUUCAAAAAGGUGCUCCACUUAUCAUCUUGGAAGCAAUGAAAAUGGAGCAUGUCAUUAAGGCUCCGGUUGCCGGUACUGUUGAUCAAGUACUCUAUGCCGUCGGUGACUUGGUAGCUGAAAACAAGAGUUUGGUGACAUUUGCCGAAUAAAAUAGAUAAAUAUAGUUAGAAAACAAAUACGUUGUUUCUCCUCAUUCUCAGGAGUCAACAGGUUUAUGCGCGUCUUUAUACAGUGUCAUAACAACAGCGACUUUUUUGAUAAGAAAAAAAAAA